UGUCGCUUCUUUGAUGACGUCCUUCCUGUUUCACCGUAACAACACGUGUACGGUGUACAGUUUCGAGCUGAAGGGAAUAACAGCAACUAAACCUCAGUUUUGAGACGCCGUCGUGUGUUCUCUUGGUUUUUUAUUCUUGGAGGCUUUGCCAACUAAGCGGUCAACAUGGUGAAACCUCAGUUCAAGGGGAAAAGCUCCAUAAACCCUGGCGCGUCCAGCAGCAACCCUGAUCGAGUCAAAGGGGCUGGAGGGAACAACAUGAGGGACCGAGCCACUAUCAAACGUCUGAAUAUGUACAGACAGACGAAGAGAUGUAAUGACCGUGGGAAAGUCAUCAGACCUCUACAGUUCCAGUCCACGGUGUCUCCAGGGACUGUAGCCAGAGUGGAACCCAACAUCAAAUGGUUUGCAAAUACUCGUGUGAUCAAGCAGUCGUCCCUCCAGAAGUUCCAAGAGGAGAUGGGAGCCGUGCAGAAGGAUCCAUAUCGUGUCGUGAUGAAACAAAGCAAACUCCCCAUGUCCCUCUUGCACGAUAGAGUCAAAGCACAUAACUCCAAGGUGCACAUUCUGGACACGGAGGGUUUUGAGACCACAUUUGGGCCCAAGGCUCAGAGGAAGAGGCCCAGUCUCAUGGUGGAGGAUAUGAAGGAUCUCUUAGAACACGCCGAGUCCUCAGGCCUGACCUACAAUUCAGAGAAGGACAAAGACCUGGUGACGGAGGACACAGGGGUCCGGGACGAAGUACGUGAUGACAUCUUCAAAAAGGGUCAGUCCAAGAGGAUCUGGGGAGAACUGUACAAGGUCAUCGACUCGUCUGAUGUCGUCAUCCAAGUGCUGGAUGCCCGAGACCCCAUGGGAACGCGCUCCAAAAGCAUCGAGAAUUAUAUGAAGAAAGAGAAAUCCUGGAAACACCUGAUCUUUGUUCUAAACAAGUGUGACCUCAUCCCCUCCUGGGUCACGAAACGGUGGGUGGCGCUUUUAUCCCAGGAGCACCCGACUCUGGCGUUCCAUGCCAGCCUCACCAACUCGUUUGGUAAAGGCUCCCUCAUCCAGCUGCUCAGGCAGUUUGGAAAGCUCCACGCAGACAAGAAACAGAUAAGUGUGGGUUUCAUUGGCUACCCUAAUGUGGGAAAGAGCUCAGUCAUCAACACACUGCGGUCUAAGAAGGUCUGCAACGUGGCCCCCCUGGCUGGAGAAACAAAGGUGUGGCAGUACAUCACUUUGAUGAGGCGCAUCUUCCUCAUCGACUGUCCUGGCGUUGUCUACCCUUCAGACGACAGUGAAUCUGAUAUCGUCUUGAAAGGAGUGGUUCAAGUGGAGAAAAUCAGGAACCCUGAGGAGCACAUUGAGGCCGUACUGGAGCGGGCCAAGCCAGAAUACAUUCGGAAGACCUACCGCAUUCCCACUUGGACCUCUGCUGAAGACUUCCUUGAGAAGCUGGCAAUGCGCACUGGGAAACUUAUGAAGGGCGGGGAGCCAGAUCUCUCCACCGUCUCCAAGAUGGUGUUGAAUGAUUGGCAGAGAGGACGUAUCCCCUUCUUUGUGAAACCCCCUGGACCGGAGGGGGAUCAACAGGACAAGGAGCCUUUGCCAGUUAAAGUACCCUCAGAGGUAGUUGAGAGUGUGCAGGAGGAACAGCCAGACCAUCCGGGGGCCGUCUCAGAGGAACACGAGGAACAGCAGCGGCAGCAGCAGCGGCAGCAGAGACAGAAGGAGCAGGUCCAGAAGAUUCUGUCUAAUGUGCGACAGAACUUUGGCAAGAUCAAUGUGGCACCUGAGUUCACCGAGGAAGACUUGGUUCCUGUGGAGAUGCCGGACCUAGAACUGUCUGACCUCUCUGGCUCUGACGGCGAGGAAGACUGUGAGGAGGAGGAGGGUGGGGAAGAAGACGGGACCCAGGUUGAACCAGCCGAUGGGGAGACCAAGGACCCUGAGACCACGGACCCCGAGCCCACAACCGCUCAGACUGGCAAAGCAAAGCAGAGUCCCCGUGAGGUGAUUCGUCAGCUGGAUGAGAAGAUCUCUAAGUACAAGCAUUUCCUGGACCGGGCCAAAUUCAAACGCUUCUCUGCAAUCCGGAUACCGAAGGCACUUUCUGACAAAGCGUUCACAGACAUCAAGACUAAACAAGCGGCAACAGCAAAGCAAGCCCAGAAUAAAGAUGCAAACCAGAGGAGCAAUAAGAGGAAAGCUGAGGAGGAAGAUCAGUCCACCCAAUCCCGCAAACUGACGUCCAAACAGAGAAGAGCGAUAGAUCGUGCUCAGAAGACGAAGAAAGUCGGCGUGCGCUAUUACGAAACGCACAAUGUCAAGAACAAGAACAAGAACAGAAAGAUCCCGGGGUCAGCCGCAGAAGGCCAAAGGUCCAAAAGAUCAAAGCAUUAGACUGGAGUCGUAAAACACAACAUUUGUAAUAAACUUUAUUUAAACUAGCUAGGAAGGCCAAGUUUUUAUUGAGAGUGUAGUUGAUGGAAGGGGGGAACGCUAACGAAGCGUUACAUGGUCUUCAUCAAGCGGCCACUUUGAUGCCUUGUCUUAAUGACUUUCUUUUCCUGUUUAACCCAGAACUGCUUUUGAAUGACAUUGCAUUCAUCAUUUACAGGUGUAAUGUUCUCUUGAUGUUCAAGAGAAAUGUACAGUCACUGUUUGAACUGUACCCGUCAUGCCAUGCUGUAAUAAAAACACUCGCUAAUUACACUCA